AUGGAGGAAUUUUAAUUUAUUGAAUAAGUAGAAGCAUCAAAUGAAAGUAUAAAACUAAGUUUAUUUAGAGAGAAUUGCACUUGGGAUAGAGAUAGCAUUUAGAAAGAAGAAAAGGCUAUUUUCUCUAAUGCUUAAGGCACAGAAAAUUCAGAUGAUCUAGUUGAAAUAAAUUACGUUUAUAUUUAUGAUUAAGAUGAAGUAAUAGUUAAAAAAGUUAAAUCAAUAUAAAAAUAUGAUGGAAUAGAGAUGAAUGUGUAUAAAAGAGCAUUUAGAAGAUGGUCAACUUAACAAUAAUUAAAAGAUAUUGAUAUUUUCCAUCAAAAUUAUGACUCUGUAAACAAAAAAGUAGAAAUAGUAAUUUUAAACAAAAAAUAUAUUCCUUAUCCUCGUGUUGAGUAGAUUGAACAAACAAUUAGUAUUUUAUAAUCCUAAAAAAAUGCUAUUUUAUAUCAUAAGUAAAAGAAAUAAUUAAAUUCUUUGUUGGCAUCAGGUUGCUUUAUGUAUGAAUUUUUAAACUCUUAAAUAGAUUCUCUAGUGCGUAAAAAAUAAAAACUGAUGAACUUAGAAGAUGAAAUUUAAAACACAAAAAAUAAGAUUAAGUAACAGCAAUAAGAAUAAAUUAAUCAAAAUAAUUAAAAUACUGGUGAAUAAAAAAAUGGAAAUAUUAAAAGCAUAGAAAUAUAAUUAUAACAGUUGUUGAUAAAAUAAUAAAAUGGAGAUAAUAUUGAAUAAAUUUAACAAAAGAUUUUUAACUGCAAUAGACAAAUAAAAAUUAUAGAUGAGUGGGUAUGGAGGAUAGUAGAUAAGCAAUCUAUGAAAAUGAAAUACUCUGAUUUAAUUAGGUACCUAUUAAUCAGUAUUUAAUAUGAAUUUAGCAGUUUGAGUUAAUAUCUUUAUACUCAGCUUAGAGAGUAUAUUUUGAGAUACUAAGAUGUUAUUAAUUAUGAAAAUAAAAAUAAAUUUCUGCUCAAUAUAAUUAGAAAUAGCACAAGCGAGUAUAUUCAUGCAACACCUAAAAGUGAGGUUAUUACCCUGAAUUGUAUUUCUCCUUAUGAUUUGGAUAAAGUUGAAUAAAUCUAAGUUGAUACUGUUUUUUUUAAAAAAGAUUUUAAUUUAUUUUAUGCUCCUCAUCAAAAGCUAACAUAAUAAAUUUAAAAAUACUAAUAUUUUAAUGUCGAAAGAACUAGAACUGAACGAGCUUUUGACAUAGAUUUUUCAGAAAAUGAUUAUCCCCAUAUUUAUCAUCUUAAAUCUUUGCAUAAUAACGAGUAAAUUCUUAUUGGUAUAUAACAAAAUGAGCACUCUUAAAUUGAAUUAUACAUUGAGCCUUUAUACAGUUAAUAUGUUGAUAUUUCUAAAUAUUAAAAAUAUUAAUUUAAUUAUGUUGGCUAUAUUGAUAGAAAUUAUUGGGGUACAGAAUUUGUACUAUAUAACUAAGGUUACUAAUCAAAAAGUAGUACUUAAGAAAAAGAAAUGAUUUUAAAUAACCAAAGAGACUUAUCUUAUCAACUACUAAGAUAUUUCUUAAAAGUUGAAUACUACUAAGAUAAAUUCUACUCUAUUAAAAUCAACUAUGAAACAAAUAUUAUGGCUGAAUAGCCCCGUAAGUUUACUGCUCAAGCUUUUAAUUAUAAAGAAAAUAAAUUUAUUGAUUUAAAGUCGCUAGAGCCUAUUUAUAAUUAAGAAACAUAAACAUAUUAACUAAAUUUUUACGGUAGAGCCAAAAAAGCUUCUGCACGCAACUUCUAAGUGUAAGAUAUAAACGAUGAAGAUUAAAUAUUUUUGUUACAUGGCAAGAACAGUAAAAAUUCAUUUUCUGUAGAUUUUAGCUAUCCCUUAAAUAUAAUUUAAGCAUUCACAUUUUCAAUAGUUAGUAUAUCUAAAAAGUAUCUAGUCUAAUGA